UCGAGGCGGGACGGGACAUCGGCGAUCUGAUUGUGCUCCGGUCGUAGGGCGGUCCCGGCAAAGGCAGAGGCAGAGGCAGGGUCGAAUUGCGCGAGUGUAAAUCCGCCCUCCAUGCACGCCUGCACGAGCAGAGAGAGCGAGAGGAAGUGCCGAGGAGGCCGAAGGCUGUUCUGUCCGCACUCCUCCUCCUGCCUCCCAUUCCUUCCUUCCGCCCUUCUUCUUCUUCCCAUUCUUCCAUCUCUUCCCUCCUCCUGCUUCCUCUUCGCCCUUUUGACUUGACCUGGAUCCGCCUGCAGUGCGGCCACUUGCUGGGAUCCGGUCGAGAAUCUGGUGGCGUUGAGUUCUUCCUCGACUCGACUCGAGUGGUGGUCUCUGGAUCUGUCGGUGCAAUUCGCAGCGCGUCCUCGUCCGAGCGUUCUACGCCCCUCGCUCUCCUCUCUCGCUCUGGUUCUUGUUGCCUCCGAUCUUUUCCUUCCGGCGGGGGCUUUGUGCAGUUUGAUUUUAUCGCUCGGUCCUGCUCGGCUCGCCUUUCCUCUUAGGUUUGUGGAGGAAAUCCUUCGGUUCUGUUCACCUCGACGGGCUGUGAAGUGGUUGAUUUCGGAGUCGGAGAAGCUGGCGGUAGCGGCUUCCAAUCGACAUGAGUAUUAUAUUUUAGGUGGCUUUAGUUCUACGAGGAAGUAGGUCUGGGAUAGGGAUUGGAUUUGGAGGUGGCCGCAGGUGGAUCGUAGUUUGGUGGAGGGAUGCGAGCCGGUGGUAUGGGGAGGGGUGAGAAGGAAAAUUCGUGCGUAUGCAGCAGCGUGACUGGCAGUAUUUUGCCCCUCGGGCUCUGAAGGCUGGCUGGUGGUGGAACGCGGACUAUCAGUAGCUCGAAUCUCGACAUAAAGCACUCGGAGUACAGGGGAUGGUGGACUCAGGAACCAUGGCGACGAUGCAUGCUGUAGCUAGUAAAUCUAUCGAAAGUACCCAGAGCAACGCUGUGUCUUUAUUUGCGAACACGCCGAUCGUAGCAGCUUUCUUCUCCUUUGCUUUGGCACAGUCUUUGAAGGUCUUCACCACCUGGUUAUGUGCAGUUCAUAGUUAUCUUCGAAUUGAGCCGGUAGACCAGGAGGAAGGCCCAGAGCAGUCUUCGUUUCAACGAACAAUAAAUAGGUUUUGCCACUCAUGGGCGGAGUCUGCGGCCAGAAAAGAAAAACUACCCUUGUAUAAGGAAAAGCGCUGGGAUGUGAAACGACUCCUUGGAUCUGGAGGGAUGCCUUCAUCUCACUCUGCAACAGUGAUGGCUCUAGCAGUGGCCAUCGGCUUGAGAGAUGGUCCUGGGAGCUCUAUGUUUGCCAUUGCUUUGGUACUUGCCGCCGUUGUGAUGUAUGAUGCCUCUGGUGUAAGAUUACAAGCUGGUCGUCAAGCAGAGGUUUUGAACCAGAUUGUUUAUGAGUUACCACCGGAGCAUCCACUUUCCGAUUCCAGACCUCUACGAGAACCUCUUGGGCAUACACCUCCCCAGGUCGCCGCGGGUGCUGCACUGGGCUGUAUAAUCGCGUACAUGCUUCACCUAAUUUCGUGGAGUCGCCCCACCUAGCAGGGUUCAAUGGAAGUUGACACUCAUUUGAUCUUAGCUUACGUCCUCUUCCAUUUCACUUGACAAUUUCAUGUUUUUAGGUCCAUCGCGUUGGGGUUGCGGUGGCUUGAAUGCAUUUUAUUCAGGUCACAUAUCACUGGGCUGUCUCUGCUGCUGGGCGUACCUUGUGUGUCUUGAGGGUUGUUGCUUAACACAAGCUUGUUUGACUUCUGAGUGCACGCUAGUAGCCGAAUGUUAGUGAUGAGAAGAGUUUUGACAUGAGGGGGCAGGAAACCAAGAGAUAAGCUUUGCAACGCCUUGGCUGCUUCAUGUCUUGCUGUCAAAGUUGCAGGUCUGGGGCAAGUUCAUCUUCCUCUAAUAUCUUGAAUGUUUGGUGAAAAGCGCCAAGCAUUUUAGUUGCCCUAGCAAGGCUGAUGAUUGGGAUGGAGUGUUUUGGUCACGCCCAUUUUCACUAGUGCUCAAUUGGGGAGCACACUUUGUGAAGUUGUAUAUCAUGAAAACUGAAGUUUUCAUUAUUGAAAAUAUUCAUAUCAUUGCCUGGAAUGCAUACCUGCAACGUGUUAUGCCAGUAAGAAGUAGUCGGUACGACAGUCAGCUAAUUAUCACAUAUGGCUGCUUCUAAAAGACGAAAUUAUAAAUCAUUUUGAGGAACAGUUUCAACCG